GCCCAGAAGCCUCUAGCUCCCGCUCUGAAGCUCACGUCCCUGCCCUCCAGCAUGAAGGUCUCCACUGCGCUUCUGUGCCUCCUCCUGGCAGCCGCCGCCUUCAGCUCCCAGGUGCUUGCUCAGCCAGAUGCACUCAAUGCUCCAUCCACUUGCUGCUUCAUGUUUAACAGCAAGAAGAUCCCCUUGCAGCGGCUGCAGAGCUAUCAAGUCACCAACAGCCAGUGUCCCCAGGAAGCUGUCAUCUUCAGGACCAAACAGGCCAAGGAGAUCUGCGCCAACCGGAAGGAGACAUGGGUCCAGAAUUACAUGAAACACCUGGACCAAAAAUCUCAAACCUGAAGACCUGACCUGCCCCACCAAGACCAAGUCAGCAUCCAAGAAACUACUCUUCUCCUCCAGCCUGCCCAUCUGCACCCUGGAGCAAGUUCAUUGUCAUUUCGAAUAGGGCGUUUUCUGUUCUGUGGUACAAAACGUAAGGUCUUAAGUGAUAUUCAAUAUUAUUUGAAUUGUUGGUUUGAAGUUUGUUUUGAAUAUUGAUGAUUUUUUUUUUUUAAAGCAGAACUAUCCCCACCUGUGAGCCCCGGGUCCUUCCCCUGUGGGCAGUGGGUCUCCCUCCUGCUGACUCCCUGGGGAUUGUGAGGGUGCCUUAGGAAUCAUGAAUAGGAGGGGUCACUGAGGUUUAUGUAGGAGUGCGCCCUUGUGAAAGUGAAGUGUUGUGAACACGUAUUAUGACUUCACAGAAUACAC